UUUUAUUUUGAAGGAGAGCAGCUGAGCUGCCCCGGAAGCUCUACUCUUUCCUGUGGCUAACUUGACAGUGUUUGAACAAGAUGGCGUCGAGCAGAAACGUCUGUUAGCAGAGUGUCUUUGUUGUGUUUUUAAAGUGUGAAGAUGUGUAAAGUCCAAAUGCUGAGAGCGUUGGUGAAGCAGCGACUAACUGCGGCUGCUGAAGAGAUAUUUGGGCUGUUUGAAAGAACGAUAGCAGAGUACGAGGAGCAACUUUGUCGCUCAAAAGAGGAGAACGAGCGACAACGGAAACUACUGGACGCUGUUUACAACCCUCAGCUCAGGUUACACAGAGCAGAUGUCCAGCAGCAGCUGUUAGUGGUUAAAGAAGAGGUUCCCCCUGAGCAGCAGGAGUGGAGCUCCAGUGUGGACCAGGAGGACCCAGAGCCCCCACACAUUAAAGAGGAAGAGGAGGAACUGUGGAGCAGUCAGGAGGGAGAGCAGCUUCAAGGGCUGGAGGAGGCUGAUAUCACCAAGUUCACAUUCACUCCUGUCCCUGUGAAGAGUGAAGAUGAUGAAGAGACACCUCAGUCUGAGGGACACCACUGUGGAGGACCAGGACCAGACGAGGACUCAGAUCCAGAUUUAGAACCAGAUAUUGAGGAUGAGAAGCCUGAUGAUUCUUUAGUCGCCGAGAUUGAAGUCAGUGUUGAUGAUUGGAAAGAGACAAGAGAACCUCAGUCUGGUCUGGACACUCUGGAAAACAAUGACGUCCCUGUUGGUGAUUCGAAAUGUGAUGCGGAUGAGAAACCCUUCAGCUGCUCUGAGUGCGGGAAAAGAUACGGCUUCAAGUGGCACCUGAACCGACACAUGGGCUCUCACACAGGAGAGAAACCGUUCAGCUGCUCAGUUUGUGGUAAAUCCUUCAGCGACAGUGGGAGACUGAAGAUACAUAUCAACACUCAUGUGGUUAAAAAACCAUUCAACUGCUCCGUCUGUGGGAAAAAUUUUUUGCGCAAGCCUUAUCUGAAGAGACACAUGACGACUCACACAGGAGAGAAACCAUUUAACUGCUCCAUGUGUGAGAAAGGAUUUUUGUGUCGGCCGCAUUUGCAGAGACACAUGACGAUCCACACGGGGGAGAAACCGUUCAGCUGCUCGAUGUGUGAUAAAGCUUUCAGCGAGAGCGGAACACUGAAGGUCCACAUGAAAAGUCAUGCUGAAACAAAACCGUUCAGCUGCUCCGUGUGCGGGAAAGCUUUUAGCGAUGGCGGGACGCUGAAGGUGCAUAUGAGGAUUCACACGGGAAAGAAACCAUACAACUGCUCAGUGUGUAGUAAGAAAUUUUUGUGUAAGGCAUAUCUGAAGACACACAUGAAAAUCCACUCAGGAGAGAAACCAUUCAGUUGCUCGGUGUGUAACAAAAGAUUCUUGUGUAAGUCGCACCUGAACAGACACAUGACUGUUCACACGGGGGAGAAGCCUUUCACGUGCUCCGUCUGUCACAAAGCGUACAGCGAAAAUGGGAAACUGAAGUUACACAUGAAAACCCAUACGGGAGAGAAACCGUUCAGCUGCUCGGUGUGUGAAAGAAGAUUUUUAUGUAAGACGUAUCUGAUUCGGCACAUGGCGACUCACACAGGAGAGAAGCCGUUUAGCUGUUCUGUGUGCAGCAGAGCUUUCAGCGACAACGCGAAGCUGAAGUUCCACAUUAAGACCCAUACAGGGGAGGAGCCUUUCAGCUGCUCGAUGUGCGAUAAAAAAUUUCUGUGCAAGGCGUAUUUGAUACGACACAUGACCACUCACACUGGAGAGAAACCGUUUAGCUGCUCUUUCUGUGGCAAAGGUUUCAGUGAAAGAGGAAAUCUGAAGAGUCAUGUGAGGAUUCACACGGGAGAGAAACCAUUCAGCUGCUCUGUGUGUGAAAAAGCGUUUGCGCAGAGUGCGAGUUUGUCCACGCACAUGAGAACCCACACAGCAGAGAGACCAUUCAGCUGCAGAGUUUGCGACCAGAGAUUCACUUCAUAUAAACUUCUCAGGACCCAUCAGUGCGUUGGGCAUCAAGCGUCAGUCGAGAUCAGAGAGGCGGAGUCUGCGGCCAGCAGCUCAACAUUACACAUAAAACAAGAAGCUGAUAGAGAGGACUGGGGAGGCCCAGAACCAGCCAGGAACACAGAGCUAGAUUUAAAACCAGUUUCUCAUGUCGAGACCGGAGACUGUUCUGAAGUUGAGACUGACGACAGCGGUGAUUGGAGGGAGACCAGAGAACCUCAGUCAGGUUUAGAGUCUCUGACAAACUAAGCCGCCGUCAGUGAUUCAAGAGAAACUAUUGAUGCAGCUGGCAGAGGACUUUGAAGGACCAUAGUCAGCCAGGAACUCACAUUUAGGAUUAAGAAUUAAUGACGCUGACUGGCCUAAUGCUCAGAGUGGGAUCAGGUUUUCACUGCAGUGUCAUUUGAGUCUCCUUUACUGGUGAAAAACGAAGUUCUGAUAAUUCAGUGAUAAACACGUUUAUUUUUAGGCACGAUGAUGUAGUGGGUAGCGUAGUAGCCUCACAGCAAGAGGGUUCCUAGUUUGAGCUCUUCUGUGUAGACUUUGCUGUUCUCCCUGUGUUCUCCAGCUUCCUCCCACAGUCCAAAGACAUGCAGGUUAAUUGGUGACUCUAAAUUGUCCGUAGGUGUGAAUGUGAGUGUGAAUGAUUGUCCCUGCCUCGUGCUCAAUGUCAGCUGAGGUAGGCUACAGCCAUCCCGCAAACCCAAACAGGAUAAGUGGUUAUGGACAAUGAAUGAAUGAAUUCUUCACAAUAAACUUAAUGAGAUGGUAAAAUAAAGCCGAUAUCUAGGUAAGAAACUUGUUUUUAGUCCUCUUAAAAACUUUAAAUACGCCUUUUGGUCUCCUGCAGACAGAUGUCAGUAGAGUCUUGCAACACACACAACUUGUUUUAGAAGGGGGGUCAUUGGGUGUUACUGCGGUCAGCGAGAUGUUACCACUACCCGUUGAGGGGGGGCAGCCAGACUUUUGGACCUACUCCAAAGAAGGUCCAAAAGAACAGCAUGGCGUGGCACAGUGUGUCUUAUCUGACAAUGGAAACAGAAAUCUAUUUUUGUAUUGUGAUACGCCUUGCAUUUCUCCACUAUAGGCGCCUGGCAUUUUUGCCGGAGUGCUCUGAACUCCUCGAGUUGAAAAAACUUCAGCUCAGAGCAGAAAAGCGCCCCAUGUCAUCUCUUUUUUGGUAAUCUUUUCCGCCAUUGUCCAGUGGGAUGAUGUGAGAGGUGGGGCUUCUGUGGUGGUCACGACAACAAGUGUACAGUUGGUAACCAAUGGGGGAAAAGAUCUCUGUUUAUCUGCUGACAGCCUCUCACCCUCAACCAGAGCUACACACAGUACCCUCUGCCUCAACAUGGCAGCAGCUACACACUGAUUACUGGAGAAUAAAUACAAUAAAAUUAAUGGUAGACUGAUUAAACAGGAAGGUUAGGGUAAGGAGGUGAUGGGGUGGUUGCCUUGCAACAAUAAAAUGGUGCAGCAGGUGUUUUGUAAGGCAACUUGAUCCUAUGUCAAUAUAGACAGUGUUGUCUAGAUCUAUAUAUUGGAUAAAAACAUAUUGAUGUGUCAUACCUAGUUUUUUUUCAGCCAUAAUGAGAACCUACAUUGAGGAGAAACCAUUACUGCAGCUGAUAUAGGACUUUGAAGGACCAGAACCAGCCAGGAAGUCACAUUUAUGAUUAAGAAUUAAUGAUGUAGACCUGCCUCAUGCUCGGAGUGGGAUAAGGUUUUAAAGAUGGCAACCUUGUCAGGAGGUGUGGUCGAAAUAUCUGUAACGUAAUGUCUAGGGCUCAGGAGCAUGAACUCAAUAUCUUCCUGAGCCCCGAACUUUUGUUUGGUUACAGUUUUUAAUUUCUGCUAGCAAUCUGGGAUUCAGUGUCCCCGUCCUUUAAAGCCACAGUGUGUAGGAAUUUCUCCCAUCUAACGCUGAAAUAAUAUAUAUUGCAUUCAAAUGGAUAGUGCGUUGUCCCCUCAAAUUAUCCAGGAUGGAUGACAAUUGAAGGACAGUUGAAGGUCAUUACUCCACCUGUUCUGGGACUGUCCAGCUAUUAAAACACCAGUCGGAAGUUUGAUAGUUUCCCUUAUGUCAGAGUUCUUUAUUGUUCCUGCUGGACCUGAAACCAGAACGGAGCGCUGGAGUCACUGUUGACUGCCUGUGGACAUUGGAAGGAGCAUAAACCAUCCUGCUUCUGUAGGGAUUCAUGGCUGGAGGAAGACCUGGACUUGAAAUGGGCAGCCUGGCUCUUAAAAAAGACUUUGAUAAGAUCCUGGAAGACCACUGGGACACUGUCUCUGGACUGUUCAAAUAGAGGCUUGGUCCCAUCGAGGAGUCUUGUAUAUAAGGAUGUGUGAGUGUGUUGUGAGUUCUGUGGAUCAUCCAACCAAGAGACUGACUGUGAUUGACCUGAAUGCUUCAAAGCUUAGAUUGUUGUCAUGGUAAUCGAUGUCCACAUCAAUAUUCAAAUCCAUCUAUUCAUUUUCAACCGCUUAACCGGGGCUGGGUCUUGGGGGCAGCAGGCUGAGCAAAGCAUCCCAGACGUCCCUCUCCCCAGCAACACUUUCCAGCUCCUCCUGAGGCGUUCCCAGGCCAGAUGAUCCCCUCAGUGUGUUCUGGGUCUACCAUGGGGUACCCCUGAUGUUAGAUUAGAGCAAGGCAGAGUCACGAAACUAUAAGUUGAAAUGUCCUUGUCCAACAAUAACUGAUACCAUUGCAGAUCAAGUACCCCACCUUUCGGCAAUGGCACUCCUUGACAACAGUGAACCCCACAGCAGGGUAUUGCACCAUGCAACACAAAACCUGCUAGGGAAUGACCUGAGGAAUGUGACAGAGAGCUCAAGGUCUGGCCUCCAAAUACUGCAGAUCCUAAUCUGAUAGAGUAUUCAUGGGACAUGCCAGUACCCAAGAGGUACCCCCGAUCCACAGAGGAGCCUCUUAGGAUUAGACUUGUCUCUGACCUGUUGAGUCAUGGAUACAGGUCCUCUGGGGGGUGUCCGGUGGUGUCUGACAGCGGAUCCUUUGGGUCCUGUUGGUUGUGUGGUGGGGUACCAACAAGUCCCACGGAUGCUCAGUCAGAUUGGGAUCUGGGGUAUUUGGCCAAAGGCUUGAGCUAUUUCUCAUGUUCCUCGGAUCAUUCCUAAAUGGCACUUUCCAUGGCAGUGGCCGUCCCCCAGCAGGACAAUGCAUCACACCACACACCUGAGCAUUCGAAUACUUCACCAGUACGAUGGUCCAGCACAGUAUCCGCAUCACUGCAUCGUGGUGAAGAGGGAGCUGAGCCAGAAGGUGAAGCUUUCCAUUUCCUGGUCCAUCUCCGUCCCAACCCUCACCUAUGGUCAUGAGCUCUGGGUAGUGACUGAAAGAAUGAAGUCACAGAUACAAGCGUCUGAAAUGAGUUUCCUCUGUAGGGUGUCUGGGCUCAGCCUUAGAGAUAGGGGGAGGAGUCAGACAUCUGGAGGGAGCUCGGAGUAGAGCCGCUGCUCCUUCAUGUUGGGGUGGUUCAACAUCUGAUCAGGAUCCUCCUGGGCGCCUCCUGUUAGAGGUGUUCUGGGCACGUCCCACUGGUAGGAGGCCCCGGGGCAGACCCAGAACACACUGGAGGGAUUAUAGAUCUCAUCUGGUCUGGGAACACCUCGGGGUCCUCCAGGAGGAGCUGGGAAGCGUUGCUGAGGAGAGGAACGUCUGGGCUGCUUUAUUUGGCCUGCUGCCCCUGAGACCUGGCUUCAGAUAAACCGAAUGGCAAUACAUUUUCUGUCAGUUUAUUAAUUGCGCAAUAGCUCCAGCUGUACUUGUACAUUUUCAUGUUUUUGUGUGCAAAAAUCUGAAUUUCUAAAGUAACUAGUAAUUAAAGAUGUUAGAUAAAUGUAGUGGAGUAGAAAAUAGCAUGAGAGGAAAAGUACGUACAGUACCUGAAUACAUGUAUUUAGUUACACUUCCCCACUGGGUGCAGUUUAUAUUAUCCUUAUGAGUAUAUGGAGGGUCCUCAGGGUUUUGGAGGGUCCUCAGGGUUUUGGAGGGUUCUCAGGGCUCUGGAGGGCCUUGAUGGCAGUUUUUUAGUUCAAAGUAAUUAAUACCACAAUUGAAUAAAAAAUUGGCUGAAUAAAUCAGUAUAAAGAAUUAACCUUUGAUUUUGAAAAAGUGGAAGCACUCUGAGGCCCCCUAACCCCUUAAAGGCACAACAUGGUUUAGUCUGCCCCUGCACCAACGAAGACUGACUUAUCUUUAUCCAAAAAAAACGGAA